AUGGCAACCUCACUAAUGUUAAUAUCGUGGUCAAGGACAGCUCCGUCACUGACACCACUGACUGGGAGAUAUUUCCUUACUAUCGAGUAUGAUGGGAGUAUGUUGUACUCUACCUCAGUCCCUAGUAGUGAGGAGGACAGGGAGUGGAAGGCUUUAUUGCGGAACAGAGAUCCAGAUGGUGAAAAAGUGAUGAAUGAAGUUCAUCAAGAAAAUAAGGAGCGAGACUCUUUAAAUAAAGCCAGAGACAAAGAGCAAGUUGAUAUGGUUCAAUAUCAUGUGAGCGCAGAAAAGAAACGGAUACCCGAGUGA